UGGCUCUAUUAUUAGGAUAUUAGUUUUUAAAUAUAUAUUCACAGAAAGUGCUAUCGAUCUACUUGCUCACUGUUUCUACAAAAACGAAGAAAACGGGAACUGACAGAUCGUCAAAACUAUGUCACGUGACUAUACAAUGUUGGUAAACAUAUAUGGCGGGAAGAGCAUGCUUACUUUUGUUAGCGGGUCCUAAUAACUCGAAAGUUUUGCCACAUACACAAUUGAUAUGGGAAUUACGGGAUUGUCAAAGUUGCUUGGUGAUUAUGCACCUUCAUGCAUGAAGGAAAAUGAAAUUAAAAACUACUUUGGUAGAAAGGUAGCCAUUGAUGCAUCUAUGAGUAUAUAUCAGUUUUUGAUCGCUGUUAGACAGGAUGGAUCACAAUUAAUGAGUGAAGAUGGGGAAACAACAAGUCAUAUCAUGGGGAUGUUCUACAGAACAAUCAGGAUGUUGGAGAAUGGUAUUAAACCUGUUUAUGUUUUUGAUGGUAAACCCCCAGAGAUGAAGUCAGGAGAGUUAUCAAAACGUAAAGAAAGAAGAGAGGACGCCCAGAAAGAACUCGAUAAAGCAACAGAAGCUGGUGAUAGCGAAAAUAUUGAGAAAUUUAACAGACGUCUAGUAAAAGUCACUAAGCAACACAAUGAUGAUUGUAAAGAAUUAUUAAAAUAUAUGGGUGUACCGUAUGUAGAGGCACCAUGUGAAGCUGAAGCUCAAUGUGCUUCUCUAGUAAAAGCAGGGAAAGUAUAUGCCGUUGGUACAGAAGAUAUGGAUGCUUUAACAUUUGGUUCUAAUGUUUUAUUACGUCAUCUUACAUUCAGUGAAGCAAGAAAAAUGCCAAUUAAAGAAUUUCACAUGAACCGUGUUUUAGAAGGACUUGGGUUAUCGCAAGAUGAAUUUAUUGACUUGUGUAUAUUAUUGGGCUGUGAUUAUUGUGAUUCUAUAAGAGGAAUAGGACCAAAGCGAGCAAUAGAAUUAAUUAAGCAACACAGAACAAUAGAUGAAAUAGUUAAAAAUUUAGAUAAAAAAAAAUAUGCAGUGCCAGAAGAUUGGAUGUUUAAGGAAGCUAGGAGAUUAUUUCAAGAACCAGAAGUAACUGAUCCAGCAGAGCUUGAUUUAAAAUGGUCAGAUCCUGAUGAAGAUGGUUUGAUAGAGUAUAUGUGUACCCAGAAAAAUUUUAAUGAAGACCGUAUUCGUAAUGGAAUUAAGAAGAUCAGUAAAGCUCGCAGUGGUACAACACAAGGUCGACUUGAUAAUUUUUUCACAGUCCAGUCAACUACAUCAUCUACGAAAAAAAGAAAGGCUGAAGAAACAAAGGGAGGUAAAAAUAAAAAAGCUAAAGGUGGAUUUAAAGGAAAGCCAAAAUAGACUAUCCACAGACGUUGUUUUAUCUUGUAUUUGUGGUUUGUUAUUUCUACCAUUAAUCAUGGAUAGCUCACAGCUUCUAAUUGGAUUGCACUCUUAUCCACGGUAGACAAUUUACAUGUAAAAUAUUUCUGUUGUCAUAUAAUAUUGGCAUCGAAAUCUAUUAGAACACAAAAGAAACUGACAAUGGAUAAUGGUCAUACACCUUGUUUUGUGUUCUUGGUAAUUCUGUAUAAAGCUCAUUGAUUUAGAUUAAUCACAAUAUAUAUUUACCAAGAUUUAUACGACAUAACAUAAAGGUUCCCAAAGUUGUCUGUUCUUUCAUGUUUAAUUUGUGUUAUUUUUGUAAAUAUAUUGUUGGCACAAAAAAUAAAAAUUCAUGACCCUAUUAUGACUGUGUAUCCUGCAAGAUCACAUCUUUCCAUAAAUUUUUAAUGGCACCAUGAAAUUUUUAUUUAGUCAUUGAUAUUAUAGACUCAAUAUUAUUGUUUGUAUUAUAUUAUGACCCUGUGUUAAAUAUCGUUAUCUCAUGAUAACCAGGGUAUUUUAAUUCUUUAUUUUCCCAAUUGUGAAGAACAGUCCUCCAGAUAUUUAAAAUUGAAAAUGUGAAGAUGCUGCGUUUGAAUCGUGUAGUUGAAAAUAUCACUGUUGUCACUACAAGUGCCUACUGUCAUCAUGUAUAUACAUCUAUGUCUUUGAAUAGAUGUACUAUAUUCAAUUUCGAAAUUUGAUACUUGUGGUUUAUUAUGAAUUAUUCUAUGAAUAGGGGGGGGGGGGAGCUAAAUGGUUAGCGUGUGCGCGCUGUAUCAUAAAGUCUAUCAUUGAGUCAACUGGUGUGGUUUCGAUUCCCUGGUUGAACGUGACAAGGAGUAGCAUGUCCAACCUGGCGGGUUUUCUCCGGGUCGUAUGGUUUCCUCCCACUGCUAAAGACCACUACGCGCAAGCGAAUUAUUGAAAUAAAAUAAAGCCAUACGUUAGUCCCGAAAUGACCUAGUUUGUGUCGAGUGGACCUUAAACCCCAUUUCUCUCUCUCUCUAUGAAUAAGGAAGAUUUCUGUUACAGAUUACUAGCAUUAUACUGAAAAACACUGUCAACAAACAAAAUGUUUCAGUUCUCUUUACAUUAUAAUACAGGGGUGGAUCCAGGAAUUUUUGCAGGAGGGUGUUUGCCAGAUUCCUAUUAAGGAAAUUUGACAGUUGACAAUGCAUGAUGCCAUCAUCGUCUCCAAAUUAUGUACGCAUACAUACACUGGGCUUUUUAAAGAGAGAAAUCCAACACCCUGUUUGAUUUGAAUUUUUAUUAUGAAUUAAUCAGUCUGAUUAAAAUAUAGAUCUAUAUUCCGUUUCUUUUUCUUUUUUUUAUACUUUCAAUGACCUCUACCACACGAAGAUCUGACCAGUUGUAGUGGGAGGUCUCAUCAGGGGUCAUACGAGUGGCUUUUGACCCUAUGACGUCAGACAUUUGAUUAACCAAUCAGCGUUGAUGUUUCUAGUAGGAUACCCACUGUUCUGUGCAUCGCACGCCAAGAACUCGCUGCAACAGACCGUUUCAUUGACUAAUACCUCACAUCGACCAAAACGAAAUUUUGAACUUUAAAAAACCAAAAAAAAUAGAAUCUGUGUUUUAAUCAGAUUGUGAAUUAAUUGUGAUAUCACAUGUCAAUAUCAUUAUCUUGCGCUUUGAAUGCCCAUCCCAUCCCACCAUCUGACGACACUUUUCUCAUAAAAAGUGUUAUACAAUUCUUUUUUUAUGUAGCUGACUGCUCUGGAUCUGCCCCUGUAUAUAGUUAAUAUCUCAGUUGAGUACUUUUGUAUUUGUUUCGCAACACAUGUAUUGUCAUACAUAUUGUUGGGCCAGAAUUUUUGCUGGAUUUUCUGUUGUGGUUUCCCCUUGUUAGUGAUGCAGGACAGAGGGCCUGGCAAUGAACAGCAUCUAGCCGUUCAGGUGGCACUGAUAACUAAGGUCCCAAGCACAGGUUAGCAUGCACAUAAAAAAGUUGGAAUUUGAUAUUUCCUUCAAUACACACUGCAUAAUGUAUGCUCAGAAGGAUCAGAAAAGUAGGAUUUUAAACCCCAUUUCAUUUUUAAAACAAGAAACUGGCCAGGCUGUGCAGUCCCUUAUUAGAGAAUUUCUGUAACGAUAUAC